AUGUAUAACACUCUAUUCAGUCAUUUUGUUGCUAAAGUAGCUGAGGUAUUAAAGAUAAGCUUGAGGGAAGAAGUUGAUGUUGAACAAGAAGGAAAGAAUAAAGAUGCAAUAGUGUUGAUGAAGAGUUCAAAUAACAUCAAGAGGCACGAUAAUAAGUCUUUAGCCACACAUGGCGCUCCCUUCUCUGAUGAAUCGUUGGCAGCUAUUGAAGGUGCUGGAGAGCAUCUUCAGAGUUGCAACAGUCGAAAGAAGAUUGUCUCUAGUAGAAGUGAUCUAAUUAGAAACCCAUUAAAACUACAAGCUCUUAGCUUCAAAAACCUAGUUCAAAACAUAACGGAUACUCUGAGAGAACUCAUUCUCUCAGGGGUCAACAUAGAUUCUGAAGUACCUCAUAUCUUGACCAAUACAUCUUCCAUAACAUCACUCGUUCUUAGAGAUUGUGGGCUUAGGGGUGAAUUCCCAACAGGUAUAUUUCAUCUACCAAUGCUGCAACAUCUUGACAUGCGUGGUAACCAUGAUCUUUCUGGUUAUUUACCAAAGUUUCAUUCUAAAAGUCAACUUAAAGAUCUGAUCCUCGCUGAAACAAAUUUUCAUGGCAUGCUACCGACGUCAAUUGGGAACCUCAUGCACUUGAAUCAGUUGGAUGUAAGUGGUUGCAAUUUCUCAGGGCCUCUUCCUGGAUCAAUCAGCAACCUAACACAGCUUACACUUUUGAAGCUCGAUCAUAAUAGGUUUUGGGGGCGUAUUCCGUCUUUGUUCAGCCUAUCAAAACUCAGUUAUCUGAUACUUUCCUCCAAUGAAUUUGAUGGAAGGAACCUCUCUGCAUGGCUUGGUAAGCUUCCAAACCUCUUGUAUUUGGACCUUAAGCUUAACAAUCUCAGUUGUGAGAUCCCAUCUUCUAUUGAGAAUCAAACACAACUUAGAGAACUUUACCUCAACUAUAACAACAUGGUUGGCCGAAUUCCCUCUUUAGAAAGCCUCUCAAACCUCAACGUUUUGUACCUCUCCCUCAAUAAUUUUGAUAGAUGGAAGCUGCCUGAUUGGCUUGGUAAGCUAAAUAAGCUUACUUAUUUGCAACUUGUUGCUGUCAAUCUGUAUGGAGAGAUCCCAUCAUCAAUUUUUAACUUGACCCAAGUUGAAGAUUUAUUACUGUCAUCGAAUCAGAUUGAAGGUCGGGUCCCACCUUUUCCAAGUACCAUGACAAAGCUAACGAGCUUAAUCCUUCAAAAAAAUCAACUGAAAGGCCCCAUCCCAAGGUCAUUUCUGAAUCUCCACAAUCUUGAAGAAAUUGUGUUGAAUGAUAACAACAUGAACACCACAGUGGAGGUUGACAUUUUCCUUGGUCUUAGGAAUCUAAAGAUUCUCACUCUAGGGGGAAACCGAAUCACACUUUCUGUCAUGACCAACAUCACCAGUGAUAAGCUGCCAAAGUUUGAAAUAUUAAGGUUCGAAUCCUGUAACUUGAAAGUCUUCCCUGACUUUCUGAGAUUUCAAGAUCAACUGCAGGAAGUGUACCUUGAUGACAAUAAAAUUGAGGGGCUAAUACCCAACUGGAUUGGGAAUAUUAGCAAAGAAACACUGCAUACACUUUCUUUUUCUAAAAGUUCCCUAAUUGGUUUUGAGUAG